AUGCCUUCCUUUGUGCCGGCAACCAAGCUUGUUACUCUGGAGCCUGUCGCGGAAUUACUAAAUCCAGAGUACUUGUCGAAAUGUGAAAUGUUUGGAUUCUUGCAAAGUUUCAUUGAACUGACGCAUCUGCCUUACAAACCUUUACGCAGUUUUCAAUCUUAUGUCUUAAACACGUCUGGAAUAUCGAAUCUCACUCGCCAUCCACUACCCAUGGAUUAUGGACUGGACAAGGUCCCAUCAACUGGUCAAGCUCUCAAACGGCUUCAAUUUCGAGCAAGGUUUAAUCACCUAUUCACGCAUCCAACUGGCAAUGGUGUCUUUUACAUGGACGAAUCGUAUUCGCUGCAACACGGCGUCAUUGACGAGAAUGGAGCUACUCUUCAUAAACUGUAUCAGCUACUAGUGCCAAGCACGCCCAAAGACCAACUCGAAUACCCAUCAGUCGCAUUCGCAUCAGCCAGCGAUCUAAUCGUAUGUAAUGGUGCCAACCAGAUACUAUGGUUGCGCCUAGAUUCCGCUCCUGGAGUAGCAUCACUAAUAUCUGCCAUUCCAUGGACGGGUAAAUCGCCUCCAAUAAUCAUGGCUGCUCGUACAUCUGCCAGCCCGCUCAAGGGCCAACAUGAGCACCUCGUGGUAGUCCUGAUGACUAUAGAAGAUACUGUGCGAGAGCCUGCUAAAGCAACUUCAUCAAAAGAUCGUUUACAGGACGGCAAACCAAGGCCUCUGUUUACGCUCUCGUUAGUUGAUGUGCGCAUAGAAGGAGGUCAGAGCAUCUGUAAAACAGUAAUGAAUGUGCAGUCAGAUGCACCGCCGUAUUUCGUAUAUCUAGAGGAUGGUGGUGACGCAUUUACAGUGGCGUCAGAGAUCCCUUUUAGCGUAGUAUCAGAGUCAAAAACCGUCAAGAAGCAAAUAGCUGAACAACCACAGCCACUAGUAAUAGCCAAAGCACCGACAAAAUACGAAUGGACACAAACGGGAGACGAACUAGUAGUAACCAUAACACUCCCGAAUCCCAUCCCCGCCUCACAAAUAGCAUGUAACUUCACCCCAUCACGAGUCACCAUAUCCUCCAAACACCCAAACGCCCACGUAAUACUCAACAAACCAUUUUUUGACACCAUACUUCCAUCCGAAUCCAUCUGGACACUGGAGUCAAGCACAUGCAUAACACUCAACAUUGCCAAAUCAGGAACAUUCACAGGAUCUCGAUGGCCUCAGCUCUUUAAAGGCACAGAAGAUGACGGUGUACCCGAGUCACUAGAUCCAUCGCAGCGAGAAGAGAUGCUGGCACGUCUAGACCAGUUUACGACUGAAACGGAAAUGGAAACACUGCCGCCUCAAACACCAUACGCAAACCAGUUUGAUGCUCCUGAACCAGAGGAUUUUGAGACUAGCCGAGUAUCAAUUGUGAGGUUUGGGCGUGAUGGACAGUGUGUCACUCAUAAAUGUGAGAGUAUAGGGUACGAGUGGAUGUCGUGCUCGGAAAAGACUGUGCUGUUAAAGAGAGAUGUAGAUGGUUUGGUGUUUGACAUGUCAAACACCUCGUAUUUGCACGUAGCACUGUUUCCUGCAUUAGCAUAUGUAGCUGCUUCGAAAAGACUCAAGAGGUUUAUCGUGUAUCCUGACGACUGCAGGUUUAUCAGUGUGGUGGAAUCACGCCGUCAGGUAUACAUAUAUCAUAAAACAGAUGGGCAAAAGGGAGACCAGAACGUUAUUGAUGUUAGCUUGGGUGCUGAAGAGAAGGAAAUCAUUGGAGCUACAGUGAUAGGAAACAGAAUAGUGUUGCUGACUACUAGUGAAUUGAUCCUUAUCACUUUGAACGUAUAA